UUAGACCUUGAAAGAUGCGUUGAAAUAGAUAAUAAGGUGCUAAAAAGUAUUGGAGAGUACUGUCCUAGGUUAAACUCUUUGAAUUUACAACAUUGUUCACAACUUCGUGACAGUACCAUUAGAAUCAUUGUUAAUGGAUGUUCUGAUAUUCAAAAUCUAAAUAUUGGCAUGUGUCAUCUCGUUACAGAUGAAAGUCUUGUUGAAAUUUUCACACAUUGCAGAAAACUAAGAGUGUUGUCUGUUCAUUCAUGUGAAAUGAUAACCGGAGAAUUAUCGUUCCGCAUGACAAAGAAUACGCCAUUUUUGGAAGUAUUGGAUAUUAGUUUUUGCACAAAAUUUUCAGAUAUUGCACUUCAAUUCUUGUCUGAGUACUGUACUAGAUUGAAACAUUUGGAUGUAAGUGGUUGUCCUCUAAUUCAAGAUGAGGGACUGUUAUCAAUCUGCAAGCAUUGUCCUCAAAUUGUAACAAUGAGAACUACUAUUUUAUCCCAACCUACCAUCACAAGUGAUUCUCUUUCUUUCCUAACUAACUAUGCCAGAAAUUUAGAAGUUCUUGAACUUAGUGGAAUAUUUCAAAUUAAGGAUGAGUCUGUUGUGGAAAUUUGUAAAUAUGGUCAACGCCUAGAAUUUCUUUCUCUUAGUGGAUGUCCAAAUAUUACAGACGAUUCAAUUAACGCAAUUUCAGAUCAUUGCCAAAAUUUACGUUGCUUAGAAGUUGCUGGGUGUAGGAAAAUUAGUGUACAGGCUCUAUUGGAACUCAUUCAC